UUCACAGUUGCUCUUUGGUCUUCGCGCAAUCCACCCGGUUUUCGUGGGAGGUACCUCCGAUUUUUGGUAGCCAGCAGCGCUACGGUUGAAGUGUUGGCAUUAUUGAAACGAUUUUUCGGCCAAAAACACCUAUUCAAGGCGACCGAUCGGGAGAAGUGUUUGAUUUACGCGGCAUUUCGUGUACCGUCAGCACUCUAGAAAAGGAAGAAUAAAAUUUUUUAACUAAGGAAAAGAAACAGCGGCUUUCAAAAUGGUUAAUAUUGUGGACAGCGGCUCAAAGAAUGCGCCCCAGGAAAUGGAGCAAUUCCUGCCCGGCGAAGGAAAAGUCAUGUACAAAAUCCAACCCCGCAAGUCGGAUACCGAGCAGGCCUUGGCUGGAAAUGACUUCGAUCCGUUUGCCCUGCGAGACAAUGAGCAUCCCACAACUGAUGGUGAGACUCUCACGCAUUUGCUUAAGGCCUCUUUGGGCACUGGCAUCCUGGGAAUGCCGGUCGCUUUCAUGUACUCCGGUAUCGUUAUGGGAAUUUUCGCCACCAUUUUCACCGCCUUCAUUUGCACGCACUGCAGUUACAUUCUGGUUAAAUGCGGUCACAAGUUGUACUACAGGACACGUCGCACCAAGAUGACCUUUGCCGAGAUCGCCGAGUCAGCCUUCCAAAAGGGACCCAAAUGGUGCCGUGGAUUCGCCCCGGUGGCCAAGUUCUCGAUUCUGUUUGGACUGUUCCUCACCUACUUUGGUACCUGCUCGGUGUACACGGUGAUCGUGGCCUCAAACUUUGAGCAGUUGAUCAACCAUUGGACGGGAACGGUGAUUAGUCUGCGCCUGCUCAUUUGCGCACUGCUGGUGCCCCUGAUCCUGAUCGCCUGGGUGCCGAAUCUCAAGUACCUGGCACCCGUCUCAAUGGUGGCCAAUGUUUUCAUGGGCCUGGGACUGGGCAUUACGUUCUGGUACCUGGUGCAGGACUUGCCAUCGGUGGAAUCGCGCGAGUUCGUGACUUGGGGCACACUGCCGCAGUUCUUCUCGAUCACCAUUUUCGCAAUGGAAGCCAUUGGUGUGGUCAUGCCGCUGGAGAACAACAUGAAGACGCCGCAGAGCUUCCUCGGUAUCUGCGGAGUGCUCAGCCAGGGCAUGUCCGGCGUGACCCUCAUCUACAUGCUGCUGGGAUUCCUCGGCUAUCUGCACUACGGCAAUGACACCAAGCAGAGCAUCACCCUGAAUCUGCCCAUCGAGGAGUGGCCCGCCCAGGCGGUGAAGGUGCUCAUCUCCCUGGCCGUCUACUGCACAUUCGGACUGCAGUUCUUUGUGUGCCUGGAGAUCGUGUGGGACGGCAUCAAGGAGAAGUGCACAAAGCGUCCGCUUGUGGUCAACUAUGUGCUGCGCACGGUGAUGGUGACUGCCGCCGUUGUCUUGGCCGUGGCUGUUCCCACAAUUGGCCCAUUCAUGGGCCUCAUUGGUGCCUUCUGCUUCUCCAUCCUGGGAUUGAUCUUCCCGGUGGUCAUUGAGCUAAUUGUCCAUUGGGAGACUGGUUUCGGUAAAUACAACUGGAUCCUGUGGAAGAACAUCGUCAUCAUCUUGUGCGGCAUUGGAGCCUUGAUCUUUGGUUCCCUGGCAGCCAUCAAGGACAUUCUGGCCACCUACAGUCCACCAGAAACAUCGAUAACCCUGAAAAAUUAAAGAGAGGAUGCCUACAUCUACGUUAUAGAUAUAGGAACCCACAGCUGAGAAAUCAUCUAACUAUUGUUAGAUGUAAAACUGCGCCCACAUCUUGUACAUUUUGUCUGUUGCUUAGUGUGCCUGUUUGAGAACCGAAAAGGGAUUAACUAAGCGAGUGCCUACCACUAUAUUUAGCACACUCUUGAGCACCACUAUGCCGUUUUAGCACGUUUUAGUACACUUGCAAUUAUAUCGAGUAGAGAGAAAGCUAGUUGAUGGCCGUUUAGAACACUUUUAGAACAGACCUAAAUGAUUCAGGCGGCAUUCAAACUGGAACUGUACUAAGUGCACUUCAUUCGUUUCCUAUUGAUGUUUGUACGAUUUAGUACAGAGCUAUAAAAGACUUAUGUAGCACCCAGAAAAAACUAGCUGCACUCACCACCUCGUCCCACCCCCACCCUUUCUCUCUGUUCUAAAAGAGUAUUACUAAAAGCAAAUAACCAAAACUGAAGUCAUCUUUUCAUGCCUCUUUCCCCUCACUUUUAUUUUGUUCCGUAGCAAAUGAUUUGCCCACAAUUAUUUAACUUUUUAGCAUGUUUAGUUCGUAAGCGUAAGAUGGAUUGUAAAGAAGAUUUUGCAAUCGAAUCAGUUCCAAAUACGAUGAGCUAAGAUUACUCAAAGAAUACCAUUUUUAUACGAAAUCUAGCCGAGUAAUAAGUUACAUUGAAUUGCCCCGAUAUUCAUUAUACAUAUGUAAACAUGUUUUUUGUUGCAUACAUAUAUUUUUGUAUUUUAAUUAUAGCUAUUAAAAAAGAAAUACUUAGCAAAACUAUAAAGUAAAAAAUAAUAGAAAGAAACACAAGAUGAAACAUUUUAUUUUGCAUUUAUAAUUCUGUGCAGACAACGAAGCAGAUUUAUGUGUAAAAUGAAGAAAAGGUUAACCGCCGACUUAUCUGUCAGCUGUAUAUAUGUAUAUUGAUAUGAACGCAACGAGUUCUAAGUAUAUCUGCCCAGAAAAGUAUUUAGAGUUGUCCAUAAUACAUAUUCAGAUGAACAAAGAUUGAUAUGAAAUGUUUACUUUUUUGAAAAAUGUUUAAAUUGUAAACAAAACAAAGAUAUAAAUAUACACGAAAAAUAAAAUAUGAGAAUGUCAACCGAAA